GUGUUGUAAAACUUCAUAAGAAAAUUCAUCAUUAGAUAAUUAUAAAAGCGCUGCGCGUAUAUCGCCUUUCUCGAACGACCUUGCGCGCCGCGCUGAUUCUUCUGUUGCAGAGCGCUUUUAAAAUUCCACCCAGCGCGUUGAUUUUUCUGCGGUCGUAAGCGCUGCUUUAUAGGCCUAUGGCUGCCGUCAGCAAAAGUAUUUUCACAUAACCGCACAUUCAUAAAUACCGUAAUAAAGUCUGUCUGUGUGUGCGCGCGCGUAUUUUUAACUAAUGCGCUGCUAUUUUUGGCUAUUUCUCAAAUUGGUCAGUCAGACUUUUAUUUUUUUUGCCCAAGUGUGUACACAAGUCACAUAACAACACAAAAUUUGCGCGACGGGCUUUCAUUAACCGACUACAAAUUUCACUACACCUUAUUGUUGUUUGCGCACUUUUUUGGCGGCACUUAAAGGCAUUUAACGCCAUUGUCGCAGUCGCCAGACGUGGUCGGCGCACGGUGCUGCUGUAACGUUUAGCGGAUGGUGUUGGUGUUGGCACACGGCGGCGACGCGCAAAUUCGCAAGGCAUUUCAUUUCGGACGCGCAGGCGUUUUAUUUAUAGUUGCCAACACAUUCACCACACUGAAAAUAACGCACGCGAUUGUCGCCGCCACGCCACCUUGCCAACGCGCCACCGCGCUUGUUGGCCGAGUGCCAUAAUUGCGGCCACGCUAUGUGUCCAAUUAAAGCGCGUACCAUGCAAGGCGUGCGCGAACAUGCGCCACACUGCCAAUGGCAUUAAUGGAUGCAGCGCAGUCACAUUACCGACAGCUGUACAGGCCAAACCAGGCGCGCGUGUUUGUGGAGGUGGUGCGCUGUAAAAGCGACGCAACGCUCAGUGAGGGCCAUUGCACACCCGCGUUGUGUGGUACGCGUAUUCCAAAUGCAUUACAUUGUAUGUGGCCGCAAAGUUAGACAGUUUUAUAGUCGAACAAGCCGAUUAUGGAAAAACGCCGACGCGCUCGCAUUAAUAAUUGCCUAAACGAGCUGAAAACGUUGAUUCUGGACGCCACAAAGAAAGACCCCGCGCGUCACUCCAAAUUAGAAAAAGCCGAUAUUUUGGAGAAGACUGUCAAGCACUUGCAAGAGCUGCAGCGCCAACAGUCCGCCAUGCAACAAGCUUCCGACCCUAAGGUUAUCAACAAAUUCAAGGCCGGCUUUGCCGAUUGCGCCAACGAAGUGAGCCGUUUCCCCGGUCUGGAUCCGGCUGUGAAGCGUCGCCUGCUGCAGCAUCUCAGCAAUUGCAUUAACGGUGUCAAAACCGAAUUGCAUCAACAUCAACGUCAAAUGGCUAGCGCUAGCGCGCAAAUGUUGCCCUCACCACCCAGCUCUCCCGAACAGGAUCCGCAUCAUCUGCAUCAACAACAACAUGUUGCUGCUGCUGCCGCCGCCGCUGCCGCAGCCGCCAGCGGGCAUCCCUUCCUUGUGGGCACACAACUGCAACACACCAUGAAUGGUUACUUCCUACCUAACGGCAUGCAAGUGAUACCCACCAAAUUGCCAAACGGCAGCAUUGCGCUGGUAUUGCCACAACAACAACAACAACAUCACCUACAACAACAACAACAACAAGCGGCGCAAGCGCAACAGCAGGCCGCACACCUGCAGCAACAAGCACAUCAACAAUUGAGCGCUGCGCAAGCUGCCGCCUUAAUGUCAAUGCCCAGCCGCACCGCCUCGACCAGCUCAGCUUCGUCGCACAGCUCAUCCGUCUACGAGCGCACGCUUUGUUCGCCCGCCAACAGCGUCGCACAUUAUGCGCCACCAAGCCCCGCUAACUCAUAUGAGGCUAUGGAUUGCAAACCCUCAGUCAUACAGCAUGCGCCUACACUAUCACAACAACAGCAGCAGCAAUUAAACCAACAACCACUUUCGUUGGUCAUCAAGAAGGACAUCAAAGUAGAAGAUGAGCAACCUUGGCGCCCGUGGUGAAAUGUUCGCCCCCAACCCCCCGUUGGUGAAUCACUCAAGUGACUGAAAAACGCCCCCGCGUAAUAGUAGUGUGGGGCGUCUAAAAUAUAUACCAAAGCGGCGUAGGGCCCAUUAGUGGCUGGCGUAGCAGUCAGAGCGUUCGACAGCUAUUGGCACUCCUCCUCGGUCAACAUUCGGCGGUACAUGCCAGCUGUUUAUUUGCUUGGCAAAUACGGACACUGGUUAAACACGCUGGCGUUGCGAUGCGAUGAUAACCGCAACGUACACUCAUUCGUAGCCAUUUCGCGCACUUGCCUUUGUGUAAAUGACGUUGAAACUGAAACUGAAAAUAUCGCGCGCUACAUAGUGAUCUCAAUAGCAACAGCAGCAGCGCGGCGGUGGUAGGCGCUGCAGUGAGUAUGACGCAAAUCACAAAAGCAUUGGGAACGUGUCGAACGACAGCACUUAAUUGACUACCUCAGCAAUACAGGGGCGUAGCGCGGUUAGCCGCACCUCAGGGGCGCUUCAUUUGAAUUUCACUCAGCUAUCUCAUUGGAGUAUUACAAGUAGAUAUAUACAUAUAUAUAGAAAGAGAGAGAGAGAGAGUAACUAAUAAUUGGCGAAUCGUCAAACUUUGUAGUCACUAAUAAUUUAAAAAUCAUAAUUUUUUAAGAGAAAUCUAGUUUAUAUUGCUUUUCUAUGUAUUUUUAGUUGAUAUCUUCAUUUCUCAUUUUAAGUUUCAUGCACUAAUAUUAUAAUAUUUGUGUCAGCACUUGUGAACAGUUAACAGAAAUGACAAAACAAUGAAAUCUUAUAGGUCUUCCCAACUUGUAAAGUAAUUUGCACUUAAUGAAUUUACAUUAUGUGCAAUAAGCAUAUACAUAUAUAUAAAUAUUUGUAUUUAAUUAUAAAAUUAUUAGUAAGUUAU